AUGUCCGAUGACGAAGGUACUGGAAGCCGGCUAAAUACAGAAAACGUACAGCUUGGUGAUGGGCCAAAUCAACACAACGACAGCGAUAUUGGUGAUGGUGAAAGACUGAAGUUAUGGUUGAAAAGAAAGCGCAUCGUAAAGAGCCAGCUUACUAAAGCCAGGUUAGCAUUAACUGCAUUAUUAUGCUCUAAUGAAUCACACGAAAAAAUAAAAAACGCAGUUGGACAUGUUCUAAAUUGUCAGGAAGAAGCAAUUGACAUUCUUUUGGCCCUAUGUGAUAUCGAUGCUGACAAAUUUGAGCCCGAACUUGAACUUAUUCAAUCUUAUCCAGUUUUAUCUGAUAUACUUAAUAAGGCCUACACACUCCAGUUCAAUGCAGAUGACAUUAGGUCCCCAACGAGCAGCGAGAGGGGAGCGAGCCCUAAUCAACAAGAUGCCAAUUUGCAAGUUGACAAAGACAUGUAUCACCAAUUAAAGCGUGUCACUAUUCCAAAAUUUAACGGUAACAAAUUGGAGUAUCAGAUUUUCAUGGAUGCCUUUAAGCAGUGUAUCGAUCAGGCAAAAUGCUCAGAUGGUUACAAAAUGUUACAACUUCGUCAAUAUCUUGAAGGUGACGCUUACAAGGCAAUAGAAUGA